AACUUUGUUUUAAAUGAGCAGCUCCAGUAAUUAUUGCUAAAUGCUUGGUGUUAUGAAAUUUAAUCAUUUCCACUCAACUGGGACAUUUUUUAAAAUGUUGCAGAGAUUGGUAUUUAUAAAAAUAUAAUAGGUAAUUUAAAGAUGUUUUUAUUGUUUAAAUCUUAUGUCAUGUGGUUCAGAGAUACAUUUUGUUAUUGAAGGUGUCAAAUUUCCCUGCUAACUCCUCCCCUUCCUGGACUCAGUGAUUUACUAUUGAGUUUCCUACCAAGUUGUUUUAACUUUCAUUCUCCAUCUUAAUUUAGUUCCUGGUUGUUUUUAGUUAAAACUGUAUUUUUUAUCAGAAAAAUAACCCUGAAUAGUUUCAAUUAAACCAAAAGUUGAGUUUGCUUGCCGUGACAACGAGGAAAUGGUUGCUAUGAUAACUGCGUCACUGUGCUGCGUUCAGCUUUUUGUCAUCUUCAUUGUUCUUGUUUCAGCAGAUCAGAUUUCUACAGAGCUCCAGUUUGAACCUGGACAAAACAUCAAUCUAAAAUGCAGAACUCCUGACAACAAACCUGCCGCCGUCGUAGAGUGGAACAGAACUGAUUUGGAGGAUGAAUUUGUACUUUUAUUUCGGGAUGGUAAGUUGGAUCCGGAACACCAGCACCAAAUGUACGAGAACCGAGUGGAUCUACGCGACCAGCAGAUGAAAGAUGGAGACGUGUCUUUGGUCCUGAAUAACAUGGUGCCUGAUGACAGAGGAACAUAUGAGUGCAGGGUUGCUCAGGCAGAAACUAAUCGAAAGAAAAGAGCUGUGCUGGAUUCAGAUCCUAUCUGCACCUUCAAGUUGAGCCUAGCCCCUCUUCCAGGGAGCCUGGAUGGACAAAGCAAGAACAGAGGAAACAAACCUGCUGCAUUGAAUAAAGGAUGGAAUAAAGCCAGAGAUGAUAAGCUAAUAAUUGGUCUGGCAGUCUGGUAUAUUAUUGUUCUAGUUACUGGUUUUGUGGCUCUUUACCAUAUAAGGAACAGGCGUUUUUAAGUGUAGGUCUUAGUGUCCACUUUACUUGCCAUGAUGAUGAAUGGUAUGAGGGGAGACGGAAGACAAUCCUUGUUGUGAAAUAAUAACCACGUUCCUCCUCAUGACCAACCCGUCCAUAAUGAUCCUGGCUCUGCAGCAUCUCCAUUUCUGUUUGUAU